UUAGACUCAGACCCAGUGAACUAUGUGCCUUGGCAGAGAGUAGAUGGCCGAUAAGUACAUGCUGUGUGAGUGGCUCCAGGGAAAUUCUCCUGCAAGAGCAAACUCUUCUUACAGAUAAGGAAACUGAAGCCCAGAGAGAUGAAGCAUCUUGUUGGAGCUAAGUUGUGGGAAAGCUAGACAGACAGCUGUCACCCAUCUUUUGAAAUUUGGGACAAAGUGCCUCCAGGAAGAGCCUGAAUACCCACCUCCCUUGAUCUUCACAUCUCCCUUGCAGUGGAAUUCAGCUGAACUCAGCAUUCAAGCGCCUCAUCAGGCACCCGACUCGACUCGCUCUCUAACCCUGGCCACACAGCCCACCUCCCCGCUGAGGUUCCCAGACACAGUCAUGGCUCCUGUAACCUUGAGCUGACGGCUGCCACCUCGAUCUGCACCCGCUGGCGAGCCUGUCAGCAUCACAGUGACCAGUCUGGUGACGUACGGGGACAACUAUGAGCUAUCUCCACACCCAGGAAAUGGACUUCUUGAACUACAAUGUGGAUGACCUGUACAAGGAAAUGGCCAACUACAACGACAGCAUAGACACCACCUUGGAAAGCAGUGUCUGCCCGACGGUUGAGGGGCCCCUCCUGACCUCCUUCAAGGCCGUGUUCAUGCCCUUGGCGUACGGCCUCAUCUUCCUCCUGGGUAUGAUGGGCAACAUCCUGGUACUGGUGAUCCUGGAGCGGCACCGGCAUACGCGCAGCUCCACCGAGACCUUCCUCUUCCACCUGGCAGUGGCAGACCUCCUUCUAGUUGUCAUCCUGCCCUUUGCUGUGGCCGAAGGCUUCAUGGGUUGGGUCCUGGGCACCUUCCUCUGCAAAACUGUGAUCGCUCUGCACAAGAUCAACUUCUACUGCAGCAGCCUGCUCCUGGCCUGCAUCGCUGUGGACCGCUACCUGGCCAUCGUCCAUGCUGUCCACGCCUACCGCCACCGCCGCCGCCUCCCCAUCCACAUCACCUGCGCCACCAUCUGGCUGGCGGGUUUCUUCUUUGCCUUGCCAGAGAUCCUCUUUGCCAAGGUCAGUGAACCCCAUCACAAUGACUCCCUGCUACGCUGCACCUUCCCCCAGGAGAACGAAGCUGAAACCAACGCCUGGUUCAUCUCCCGCUUCUUCUACCAUGUCGGGGGAUUCCUGUUGCCAUUGCUGGUGAUGAGCUGGUGCUAUGUUGGGGUGGUGAACAGGCUGCGCCAGGCCCAGCGGCGCCCUCAGCGGCAGAAGGCAGUCAGGGUGGCCAUCCUGGUGACAAGCAUCUUCUUUCUCUGCUGGUCGCCCUACCACAUUGUCAUCUUCCUGGACACCCUCUCAAGGUUGAAUGUCUUGGGCAAUGGCUGUGAACUGAAUAGCUAUCUCGCUGUGGCCAUCACCAUGAGUGAGUUCCUGGGCCUCGCCCACUGCUGCCUCAAUCCCAUGCUCUACACGUUUGCCGGCGUGAAGUUCCGUAGUGACCUGUCAAGGCUUCUGACCAAGCUGGGCUGUGCCGGCCCCGCCUCCCUUUGCCAGCUCUUCCCUAGUUGGCGCAACAGCAGUCUCUCUGAAUCAGAGAAUGCCACCUCCCUCACCACCUUCUAGGUCCCAGCUGCCCCUUUGUUCCUGUUUUCCAUGGGGGGAGGGGUGCAGUGAUGCUGGAACCCCUUCCACCAGGAGCUGGGAGCUCACCGUGGCCAAUGCCCUCAUCUGAGGUGGCCAGAUGAAUCAACCCUCUUUCCAGGACAUCCCUGCCAGCUCUUCUGCCAGCCCUGGGGCUAGGCCGGAAUCCUGGGGAAACAGCCCAAAGGCAUAGCAAAGGACACCCGUGCCCAUCUGGGCUGAGAGGACGCCACACAUCUUCUUUCAUGUUAAUCAUCUGCAGCUCAAGAAACGACUUUUACUUUUGCCCUUGCUAAUAGGGCAAGCCAAUCUCCUUCUGGAACAUAAUCUAUCAUCUUAUGGACCAAUGACUGCACAGCUGUCACUUCUCCUACCCCACCCACCAAAAGAAACCAAAAGCUGAGCCCAGUCCCAGGGCAUGGAUGGAAGUUAGGUUUGAGGAAAGGCCAAUUGGCACCAGAGGGUGGCCUGAACAUCUCAUUCGCUAACAAACACGGGCAUUCUGCCAAGCCACCACCUUGACCAAGCAGGAAGCCCAAACUAGCCCAGUCCAAGCAGUUGCCCAUGGCUCAGACCAAAAUGAUGUCAGGCCAUCCCUUUGUCACACUGGUCGAGAGAAGAGCAGACUCCAGACAUGCUCACAGAGCUGUCAGUGUCCUGGAGAUGAAGUAAGCCAAGUCCACAGGGAAAGAGACAUUUUCUUCCCCCAGCCCCAAGAAUGGACAUGCAGCAGCCAGUGCCUUCUCUGUCCAGGCUGGAGGUCUCCUGGGUGGGCCAGGGGCGGCAGGGUCCAGGGCCCUGAUGGGUCUGGGUACUGAUGAGGAAAGAGACCAACUCCUUCCUCCUGGCCCCACCCCUACCCCGCAGGCCACACAGCCCGGGGAAACUCCCUGAGCCACAGAGGGGCCCCAGCCACAGCAGCAA